AUCCGCGGGGAAAGCAACUCGCCAAACAACAACAACAACAACAGCAACAGCAGCAACAGCAGCAACAACCAAUCUUCGUUUACGCGCAAAUUCGUUCGUUGGUCGGCGGCCAGUGUUGGUUACGCGACAGAGUUCGGUCCACGAUUCCUCGACGUCGACACAGCGAUCGGCGUUCCCUGCCUCUGGUGCCGACAAACCGCUGCUCUGACUCUCGACGAAUUACCGACAGUAACGUCACAGAAACAAGCGAAACGACGACGCUCGCCGACGUACUCGAGAUUCUCGGCGGUAUCGGCAACAUCGUCGUCGGUGAACUCGACGAGAGUAACGGCAGCGCGAGUCUGUCGUUGGAAGAAGCGGGAAGAAGAAGAGGAAGAGGAAGAAGAAGACGAAACAGCAACAGCAACAGCAACAGCAGCAGCAGCAGGAGGAGGAAGAAGAGGAGGAGAAAGAAGAAGAUCGGGAUCGACAAACGCGCGCGACGACGAGCAAACGACGAGAGGCUGGAUCGUCGGUGGCAGCAGCGAUGCCGGCAGACGACGAGUGGCAAGCACGCGAUCGUCGCACCAGGGAUCGUCACCAACGAGAGAAAUUGGACGUCGCGAAAGGACAACGUCGUGGAAAGAGGGGGGGUGGCAAGCUUCUUGUGGUGGAAGAAGAAGCAUCGAAGAAUAUCGGAUCGCGUGGCGAGUUUGCGGCAAGUUUGUUGGUCGUCGAGGGGAGGAGGAACAAUCGUCGUCGUCGAAGGGGCGAAUCGUCGGGGACGCUAGCGUUCCCGAGCUCGUGCCAAUGCUCGAGCUCGAUCCGCCCGAAUUCACGGGACCAUCCACGUCGUGCGAUCGGAACAACAACAGCAACAACAACAACGACGACGACGACGACGACGACGACGACGACGACGACGACGACGAUGACGACGAUGACGACGACGACGACGACGACGACGACGACGGGAACGAUCGCCGCUGCUCGUCCUCGACGAGUUUCCCUCCGCGUUUCCCACCUACCGCAAUCUCCUCUCCAACGGCCGUGCCUCCCUUUCCGUUCGUCGUUCGUCGUUGGCCGAUCCUCGCCGCAGCUGUCGACGCGUACCACGACGAAGAAGUCGACCGUCGUCGACGAUACGAAACCAGAAACGCCACUGCCUUUCGUGUCUCUUGCGACUCGGUUUGCCGCAGCGGAGUGCGCCCGCGCAUUUCGACGCUCGCCGAUAUUUUGCAGAAAAAGAGCGACGAUUGUCGUGCACCGCAGCGUGGGAACAACCUCGAGGACGAGGGGAGGAAGAGGAGGAGGAGGGAUACGGAUACCGAUACCGAUGCCGACGACUGCUACGACAAUUGCUACGACAACAACGACGACGACGACGACAAAGUCGAUCGCGUCAAGAAUUUUAUUUUGUCGGCGUCCCGUCAAGGGUCAAGGUCAUGGCCUCGUCACAUCGGGAGCAAGAAACCGAGGAGAACGAAGAGGUGGAGGAAGGACGGUGAUCGGGAUCAUCGCGCGAUCAUCGAGUGCCUGGCCGAUCCCUCCGGAACUCGUGCCGCGUGUGUCACGAACGUUCCUCCGAUCGAUGUAUCUCCUUACACUGCCUACAACGACGAGAACGACGAUGACGAGAGCUGCUGCCGCGUUAUCGGCCAGUCAUGCCGCGCGAUCGGGAACGUUCGUUUUGCUGGACGCGAGGACGAGCUGGAUCCGGACUGUACCGUUCGUCGAGAUGGGACGCGACACGGUCGGGACGUUGGCAAUCGCCCUUCGUCGAACGACGAACAACUCGACGCUCGUGAACUCAAGUUCGAGAGAUUUCGACGUGAUCGCGACGCGGGGAGGAACGGCGGAGAACGCGAGAGCCACUACACUGCCCGUUUCCAGAAGCCGACUAUCGCCAACGGAAAUAACGAGAACGAAACGAAACUUCCGACAAAAGGACCAACGACGACGACGACGACGACGACGACGACGACGACGACGACUGCGAAAAAGAGGAAGAAGAAGACAUCCAGCAACAGCUGCGGCCAAAAGUACGGACUGUUGUUCGUGUUGUAUCUACUGGCUUGGCCUUUGGUAUCCUCGACGAAUCCCUCCGGACAGUUCAUCUCUGGCUUCACCCGCAAUCCAUCCCUCGGCCCCGUUGAGAACGUUCCGCGUCACAACGCCACGCAGAUCUCCUCUCUGCUGGUAUCGUCGAGCAUCGCUCACCAACGUCAACAGCAGCAGCAAUACCAGCAAUACCAGCAGCAACAUUACCGGCAACUGGAGGAGGAGCACGGAGCGCGGGAACAGUUGAUCCGGGACAACGGGCACCAUCGUCGUCGACACGAAGAACAACAACAACAACAACAGCAGCAGCAGCAGCAGCAACAACAGGAGGAACAAAGUCGCGAGCAACGAGAAGUGGAGGAGUCGUCGUAUCGAGAUAACGAUCGCGGCGAAACCGUUCUCGAGUCCGAGUCGAUGCAUCCUUACAACGAAUACAGCUGGGAGGUGAAUCAGAUAAACCCUUGGUUGUCGGCCUGCGACCUGGCGGGCCCAGCGCCGGCCGAUCUUCAGGGUAGCUGCGGCCCGCCGGAGGUGCCGAAAACCUGUCCGGCCGCGUGCGCGACCAGCUCGCCAGGAGGGAACAACGCCGAGUUCGUCGAGGUGAUGAAGAAGGUCAAGGUUGCCGGGAAUUGCUAUUGGUCGACCGGUGGGAAAAAGGGUACGGCGACGACGAGGACGACGGCUACGGCUACGUCGACGUCGACAACGACGACGGCGACGGCGUCGAUGGUGGCGGCGGCAGCGGUGGCGGCGGUGGCGGCGGAAUCGGGACGGUUCGGCUCGAGUUCGAUCAAGUCGUCGGGGGCAGACGGAGGAGGAGGAGGAGGAGGAGGCGGAGGCAGCGGGUUCGCGAGUGAAAAAACCAGAGGGACCGAUCGAGAGAAAGCAGCCGAUCGAGAUGGCGUAUCGAUGGCUCCGGAACAGUGCCUUUUUUAUCUCGAGGAGUCGCAUAAGAGGGACAUCUGUCGGGAUGAUUUUGGCCGGAGCACUAGUACGCGAAGUUUUUUAACCCCGAGGGAGAAUCGAUAUUGGUUCAUGAGCGGGUUGCGUCUGCGGCACUGCUGCGACCACGCGGUGGUCAACGCCCUGGCACCUGGCAAGGGCGGUCCGCUCGAGAACGUGCUAAACGGUGGCGAGAAGUGCGUCGAUGCCCUGGACAAGCUGUUGCUCGUCGACGCGUUAGCCGCGAGGCUGCACUGUGAGUUCGAGGAAGUGCUCGCGCGGUACGACUGUGCACAGCCCUAUUCGGUCAUCUUCAACUGCACCCACUGCAAGGUAAGCACUCACACCUUUCUCUUUCCUUUUCUUUCUUUUUUUCUUUUCUUCUCUCUUCUCUCGUGUUUUCGUCCAAACGACUCGUCACUGAGAACACUGAGCUUACUUUUUAAAUACCAGUUCAUCAAUGUCUGGUUUGAUAUAGGUAGUGGCACGAAGAGUAUUUUCAAGAUGUUCGUCUAA